AUUAUCGCUCAAAUUUAUUAUUUUACCACAAAUCUUAACUGUUUUCUGUAUUCUUCUCAGUUGUAUUUGAGUCUUAAUUGCUUGAUUUGUUAUUCAUGUUGUUUUUUUGUGGAGACUACUCUGAUAAUUUGAUCUGUCUUAGAUUAUCUUCGAUAAUGGAAAGCAAAAGAUAAUCAAGUAUUCAAGCUUUGAAAUAGCUUUCACUAUGCUAUGUUUUUGUGAAAAGGAUGAAUUAUAUAUUUUCUCUAUGUCGUCCAUGGAAACUUGUGUUAUCUGCAAACUAUCUUAAGCCAACCUGUGAUUUUUUUCCUACUGCUAAAAAUAUAGUCAAGUGCAAUUACAAGAUGUCAUCUUCUAGUAGUGAUUUAAUUGAAGACCAGCCUGUGAAGGGUGAUACAUUCCAUUCUAAAAAAGCAUUAAUACUGACCAAAUUCUCAAGAUAUGAAUUUGAGAAGAGAACUAAUCCUAAUUUAACCGAAGAGCAAUUGAUUGAUAAGCUUCAGCGUCGGGGAUCUGAUUAUAGAAAUUUACUUCAUCAUCAUCAAAUCCAUUGCAAUUCUCGUGACAAACUAAAAUUGGCCCUUGAGAAAAGAGGUUUAGAAGUGAGAAUGGUGAAUAGACUUGAUUAUAAUAAAGCGAAUGUUGAUUGGGCUGAUGUAAUAUUUACAUCAGGCGGAGAUGGCACUUUUCUCAUGGCAGCGAGUCACAUCAAUAGUCCUGAUAAACCUAUAAUUGGUAUUAAUAGUGAUCCAUCUCGUUCAGUUGGUCAUCUUUGUUUACCUGUACAGUAUUCAAAUGAUUUGGAUUUAAUGUUGGACAAACUUUAUUCCAACAAAUUCAAAUGGUUUUAUCGUCAAAGGAUUCGUGUAACUCUAGAAGGUGUUAAUGCAGAAGAUGAUCCAAUAGAAUUACAUAAUCAACAAUUAAUGUAUCCAGAAUAUCGUUAUCUCGAGGCUGAUGAAAAAAUGAUGUGUGAUCAUGCACCAGGAAGAGUUUCACCAUGUUCCCCACCACACACAUCAUUCGCAUCUCAAUCUGAAAAUGUCUCUAAAUGUUCAAAAAAUCAAGGGAAUAAGAUCAUACAAUUGCCUGUUCGAGCUCUUAAUGAAUGUUUUGUAGGAGAAAGCUGCUCUUCAAGAGUCUCAUAUUAUGAAUUUUCUGUUGAUGGUACACCUAGAUAUAAAUUUAAAAGCUCAGGAGUUACGAUUUGCACCGGAACAGGUUCCACUUCUUGGUCUUUCAACAUUAACCGAUUAACUGUACAGAAUGUUAAACAGUUGUUCCAAAUAAUUCAUGAAGAAACUGGACAGAAUAUUUCUUCAGAUGAAGAAACUGUCAAAUCGGUUACAAAACGCUUCAACGAUUCCUUGAUUUUUGAUGCUUCCAAACCUACUAUGGCUUACACCGUCCGAGAUCCUAUCGUAACUGGUUCCAAUGAUGAGUAUACUCGAGGAUUCGCCUCUAAGAUUGAAAUUAGAUCCCGAAUGUUUGAUGCCUGUGUUGUCAUUGAUGGUGGACUAUCUUACCGUUUUAAUGAUGGGACCGUCGCUAAAUUUGAAAUCUAUGAGGAAGAUGCUCUCAAAACUGUCCAACUUUUUUCUUAAUAGUGAUUUUCAUUGUUUUUCAUCAAAAAUGAAUUUUCAAAUCUUAAAUUAACCAGUAAAUAAUAUUUACUAAGCAUCAUUUAAAACAUGUUCUAAGAGGUGAUAAAUAAAAAAUGAGACGAAACUCAAA